GUCCUUUCUGUUCCAUUGCCUGUUGGACCAUGGCUCCCUUUGGAAGAAACUUGCUAAAGACUCGGCAUAAAAACAGAUCUCCAACUAAAGACAUGGAUUCAGAAGAGAAGGAAAUUGUGGUCUGGGUUUGCCAAGAAGAGAAGAUUGUCUGUGGUUUAACUAAACGCACUACCUCGGCUGAUGUCAUUCAGGCCUUGCUUGAGGAGCAUGAGACCACAUAUGGAGAGAAACGAUUUCUCCUGGGGAAGCCCAGUGAUUACUGCAUCAUAGAAAAGUGGAGAGGCUCAGAACGGGUUCUUCCUCCACUAACUAGAAUCCUGAAGCUUUGGAAAGCAUGGGGAGAUGAGCAGCCCAAUAUGCAAUUUGUUUUGGUUAAAGCAGAUGCAUUUCUACCAGUUCCCUUGUGGCGGACAGCUGAAACCAAAUUAGUGCAAAACACAGAAAAACCAUGGGAGCUCAGUCCAGUAAAUUACAUGAAGACAUUACCACCAGAUAAGCAAAAAAGAAUAGUCAGAAAAACUUUCCGGAAACUGGCUAAAAUUAAGCAGGACACAGUUUCCCAUGAUCGAGAUACUAUGGAGACCUUAGUUCAUCUGAUUAUUUCGCAGGACCAUACUAUUCAUCAGCAAGUCAAGAGAAUGAAAGAGCUGGAUCUGGAAAUUGAGAAGUGUGAAGCUAAGUUCCACCUUGAUCGGGUAGAAAAUGAUGGAGAAAAUUAUGUCCAGGAUGCUUAUUUAAUGCCCAGUUUUAGUGAAAUUGAGCAAAAUCUAGACAUAGAGUAUGAUGAAAAGCAGAUUCUAGAGGACCUGAAUAAAAGUGGUAGAGUCCUACAGCUGGAGGAACGACUGACAUAUUACAGAAUGCUCAUUGACAAGCUGUCUGCUGAAAUAGAAAAAGAGGUAAAAAGUGUUUGCACUGGGAUACAUGAAGAUACAGAAGAGGCAGCUGCAAGUGAACUAGAAAGCCUAAAUUUAGAAACUGUUAAGUGUGACUUGGAGAAAAGCAUGAAAACUGGUUUGAAAAUCCAUUCUCACUUGAAUGGCAUCCAGAAAGAGAUUAAAUACAGUGACUCAUUGCUUCAAAUGAAAGCAAAAGAAUAUGAGCUCCUGGCCAAGGAGUUCAGUUCACUUCAUAUUAAUAACAAAGACGGAUGCCAGCUAAAGGAAAACAGAGGGAAGGAGUUUGAUGUCCCCAACAGCAGUGGACAGGUUCCUUCUUUUACUCAAAGAGUAUUUAACAUGUAUACAAAUGAUACUGACUCGGACACUGGCAUCAGUUCCAACCACAGUCAGGACUCAGAAACAACCGUAGGGGACGUGUUGCUGUUGUCAACGUAA